UAUUUUCCAUAUAUAUACCUGUUAGGGUAGAAACAUUAUUAGACAAAGGUAAUAUUAUAUUACAUAACACGGUUGUACCACAUUGCAUGAAGACGGAAGUGAAAUUGAUCCUGCAAGCAACAUCAGCGAAAAAAGAAAAUUCGAAAUCCGAAUCUGAAAUCGUAACUCAUCCAGAAAACGUUAUGAAAGUUACCGCAGUAAUGAACAUUAUUUUGGUCUUGUUGGCAGUGGUUGCCAUAUGCUGGGCAAAAUUUGACAGUGAAUUGAGUGAAGAAAGUCAGCACGACACCCACUUGAAAAGAGAAAGAAGAUUUUUGUUUAUUAAGAAGGGACCUCCAGGACACCCAGGACCACAUGGCCCUGCAGGACCAAAAGGGCCACCGGGACAUUCAGGACCACAAGGACCACAGGGACCACCAGGACCAGAAGGGCCAGAAGGACCAAACGGACAAGAUGGAUUACAAGGAGCAUCAGGACCGCCUGGACCUCCAGGGCCAACUGGAAAUGCUGGAGCGUCUGGGCCGUCGGGGCCACCGGGACCUCAAGGGCUCCCUGGAGACAAAGGGCCGUCAGCACAGCAAAACUCCGACUGUAAAAUAAUAAGUGGUAAAAUAGUGACAAGUAAAAAGACGGAAAUUUCUUGUCCAAAAAAUUGUUAUGCUUUCGGCUGCAGUGCAAAUUCAUGUAAGAUCGUGCGUCGUGCUGGAGAGAAAUGCACCGUUGAACAUUGUGAGGGUGAAGACAUGGUCGCAAAAGCGUUGUGCUGUUGUUAAGAACGAACAAUGAUUCACGGACAGAAAAGGCAACAGGCGUUCACGAUUCUGUCAACGAUUCUACAAAAUGUAUUUUAUGAUUGAUUAUGUUAUCGAAAUGAUUAUAAUAAUUAUCUUUAA